UCAGGUUGUAGGACAGUUCUCCGCCUCGACUCUUCUCUAUUUUCUCGCCGAUUACGAUGGUUUUUACGCCACUAAGCUUGAUCAUUGGAGCACAUUCAUCACAUGGAGGCUUGGUAACAAACAGGAUUCCGUCUGUCAAAUCCUUGACAUUCCUUACCAUCAGAGCGUUUUGCUCGGCGUGGAUAACAUAGGGAAACUUUUUUUGAAGCGCACGGUCGUCAUCGGAAGCUCUUGGAAACUCGCCAUACAAUGCUUUGGAUGGGAAGCCAUUCCAACCCAGAGACACGAUAUCUGGAACUUGACCUCUAACAAUGACAGCUCCUACACCAGUCUUGGGGUCAUCUGUCUGUCUAGCAAGCAUUUUCGCAAAAAUCAUCAUGUGGUAAGCUGUUUUAGAGUCUGGAAAGUUGUCAGCAUCGCAAUCAGGAACGACACGAGAGUCAGACGUAAGCUUAACCUUUGGGAAAGCAACACCUUUGUCCAUAGGGGCCUUGACAACGGCGAUCCAUUUUAUCAAGGAUUUGAAAUCGUUGUCAACCUGAGAUUUCAUCUUGCCCUCAAAGCAUGGCCAAGGAAGACUUGCCUGGGCGCGAGCAAACCACUCGGCGCUCCACCCGCAUUUUUUCAAGAGGUUAUCGCGACAUUCGCUGAUGUCAUCUGGUGUUAUUAUUUCUUUCGGUAACUUGUCCUCGAGUUUGUCCAAAACCUUUUGUUCAACGCAAGGAACGAACACGGAUUGACCGACGGAACUGUUUUUGAAGAGGUUAUCCGCUCUUGCUAUUUCUCCUUCGUUUUCUGAUUCUGGUUCUAUUGGUAGGUAGAACACACGAGAAACUUUUGACUGUACAAGGAGUUUAGCACAAAGGGAACAAGGCUUCCGGGAUACAAACACUUUACAACCUUCAAGCUUUCCACAGUGGUUAACCAUAACACGGGCGACUCCGUGGACGCCAUCGCGACUACAGUCGGCAGCCAAGACACGAUCGGUUGGCAAUACGAACACUACACCGACUUUGUUAAGUCGUUUGGCACUGCUUGUUUGUUCCACGACCGGAAACUCUUCCAUCCAAAGCGCUAAUACCAUGUACAAAUUCUCUUUCGUUAUUCUGGUCUCGCGUUGUUCACACUCGUUUCCUUUAGAUCCAUUCGGUACACUCGGUUUUGGAGAAGUGGAGCGCAUCAGUUCAUUUUCCAGUUCUGAUUUCUCCUCCAUUGACUCAAGAUUUCGACAAUCAAAGUUAAUGAUCGAAACUUAUUAGUCUCAAUCAAGUGUCAAAUGGAACAGGAUAAUGCCAGUAUAUAUAUACGAACCCUGCAUGUUUAAAAUUCCGGGAGAUUAAGACGGGAUUUUUUUCCUUGGAGCAUAAUUUCAAUUUCGAUUUUGUCAUCGCUCAAAAGAACUCCUUUAUUCUCUGGAAAAAUUCAGUACAGGGGUUCAAAAUUUUGAGAUCUCACGUUCUUCCAUGAAUAUCCAUGGAUUUGAAACAUUUAACUCACCUUCCUAAACCAAAAACUAUGACAAGUUUCUAAGAAACAUAGAGGGACUUCCCCUUCAGAAAGAAUUAAAUAAUUUCACUAUGUAUCACCCUCUAUUAUUCAAUAUCAGUUUAACGCUUUCGAUUCAUUUAGGUAGAUAUCAUAGGAUAUACCAAGAUGGGAAAGCCAUGAUUUUCCAGGAAUGGCGUGGGAUCGACGAAAACUUCCAUGAAGACAACAACAGCCGGAAUAUUUUCCGGCAGGGCUUCUGACCCCGUCUUUUCCAAGGGGUCAACUCUCUAUCAAAAUAUAAAUACCGGUAUGUAUGCGGAAUACAUUUCCGAGAAAGUGGAGCGGAAGUCUGGGUUUUUGAAUAACUGUUAGAAAAAGCUUUGAAGGAAACAUAUAUCUCACAGUUGACGGUUUCAGAACACAAGAACAAUUAAGGCGUUAAAGAAGAGAUGUGUGUUGGCUCACCUGCACUAUGUUUGUAUUGAAGUCAUGGGAAACUCACUUAGUGUGAUGAAUGUGCAAACGUAUGGUCAGUAUUCGUUCAUAUCCGGUUCGUAAUGUAGUCUCCUCGGAGUCGCCGGAAAAUCAAGGAGUGUACCCGCUCUUGAUGGCCAUGAUGUGGAAAUUUGUCGUUCUCCUUUCGAACGUUGUUCAAUUUUCCUCGCAGCUCUUGGCAAACAAUGACCAGCUUACCUUGGCUCCAGGAGAAACGCUUGAAAUCAACACUACAGAGCCUUCCGCUAUUGUGGUAGACAGCCAAGGGAACAAAAAAAUCUUAAAAAUAACUACCAAAAAAACCUUCUCUUUUAAAGGGAAUUUUGUCAAUUCACCUGGAUGGAAUUACAGCGUUGCCCGAAUAGUGUUUUCCAAAAACAUCAGAAUAGAAGCCUGCUCUACUGUUAAGGUGUUUGGGGAACAUUCACUGUCUAUCGAGUCUCUGGAAGGAGAUAUAGUUAUUGGAAGUUUUAUCGAUUUAUCUUGCACAGUGACUGUGCUGGGUGGGAAGUGUGUUGGAGGAUAUAUGCCCAUUGAUAAACCUAGAAAUUGGUCAUCAGCUAUAAUACCAGGAAAUGGACCAGGGAGUACGAGCAGAGAAUUAUUAACUUACCAGUCACCACGAUGCAUCGGUGGAAGUGGACAUGGUGGCCAUGGAGGAAAUCCAGUGUUUGAUGACAUUCACGUUAACCUCUACAGUGGCUUAGAGUAUGGAAGGAAUGAUUACCAAGUCCUAUUGGGAGGCAGUUCAGGCUCUUAUCUUGAUUCUUCUGCUCACACAAUUACUAAACCUGGACAUGGAGGGGGAGCACUACAGUUGAUAGCGAAGCAGGGUUCUAUAAAAAUCGAAGAAAAGAUUAAAGCCAAUGCACAGCAAACAAAAGGGCACUACGAAGUUAACAGUGGAAGUUCAGGAGGACUAAUCCGCUUAGAGGCUAACGAGGUUCACAUCAUUGAUGGUGGUUCAUUGGAGGUAAAUGGUGCUCAUGCGGGAAAAAAUGGUAACAUUUACCCAGUUUGGGAAAAGGGGUCUGCCGGAGGUGGAGGAGGCAUUGUGGAUAUCUUGGCCAACAAGGUUUUCAUAUCAACUGGUUCUAUAUUACUUAUGCCAGGGAAUUCCACAGGUUGCUCCAACCAAACAACAGCAUCUCCAGGAUUCUUGACCAUACGAGAUUACUCGUGCAAUCUCAGAAUAUCGUGGAAAAAUAUCCCAGUCUUUCCUGUUGAUCCUGCAGGAUUCACUUGGACGAACACAACUACCCAAACACUUUUGCCUUCAUCCUCGAUACCCUGUUCCAAUUAUGUUCCUAGAAAAACCCGGCCUUCGGUCAAAAUAACCACAACUGACAAUCCUAUUAUUGCUACCUCUUCCCUCCUUGCGAGAAGAGAGUCAUCAAUAACUGCCUCUAUCAAAAACAUAUCUAAACGGCAAAGUGGAAUGCGCACUUCGUCUCCAGGUGUUAGGACAUCUUUUUCUCGUAACGGUAUUUCUUCUACCAAACGUAUUCAGUGCUCAACAAACUUCAAACCACUUACUGCAACCCUGUCAACUGAUGCAGUCCCUGCACCCUCCGUUCCUCUCGCUGAUAUCACAGUGACAAGAAAAUGGGAAGCCCUGCUCAAGAGUACGGAAUCCCUAGCGAUAUCCAUGGGAAGCUUUCAAAACAACUCGUGGGUUGAGGAUGUUCACAAUCUGCUCCAACGCCUUCGAACAUUAGUGGAAGAGGAGCCGUUAACGGAGCAAUAUGUUGACGUAUUCAUAAAAAUACUUGAACAGUUUGGUUUAGCUCUUUCCAUGAUCCCAAGCGAAGAUCAAGAGAUUAUGAAAAGCGUUGUUGCCUCGCUGAUCACAACGGCAGAAUCCAGCUUUGAUGGGAGAAACGAAAACGUGUGGAGCGCUACAAAAAAGCUACCAAAAGUCUUGAGCGCAUUGGAGAACAUUACGUUAGCGUUAGGAAGAAUCUCCUCGGUCAAUGAACUCUUCAAAUUCGAGUAUUACUCCCAAAGGACUGUUGUACAAGUUGUUGCUUUAAAAACCACAGCAAAACAGAGUGUAACACACUUUGUACUUCCUGACACCUCUAGAACAAACCUGUCCAUUUGGAAAAACGAACACGAUGUUGUUCUAAUACCGUCAUUUUACGAUGUAGGUGACGUCGUGGUGUUUACGAUACUGUACAGAAAUAUUAGCAGUAUUCAUCCCACUACUUUUAAAGAACACCAAAAAGAAAGGGAAAAUAAAAGUCAUCUCGUUUCUGACUUGCUUUCUUGUUCGGUAUAUUACAAGGGAACUUUAAUUGCGAGUAAACCCUUUUCUCCCGUUGAACUGCAAUUCCAUAUCCAGAAUGGGAGAAGUCUUCACUCACCAAUCUGUGUAUUCUGGGAUCAUCGAAACAGUGCUUGGUCUACAGAAGGUCUGAGGACCGUUCAAGUAAAUGGCGCCCACGCAAGAUGUCAUACAACUCAUUUCACAAGCUUUGCAAUUCUUACCCAGUACACAGAAGUGCAGAUUUCAGAUGAGGAUCAAUUCGCGCUCGGAGUCAUAACAUAUGUUGGUUGCGGAGUCUCCAUUGCGUGUCUCUUUGUGACCUUACUGGUUUAUCUUGCAUUUGAAGCGCUUUCCACUGAAAGACAUAAGAUUCACAUGAACUUAGCCUUGGCUCUUUUGCUGGCUCAGUCGCUGUUCUUGACUGGUGUAAACGCUGUAGGACACAAGACUCUUUGCCGCGCACUAGCCGUCUGCCUGCAUUACCUGUUUUCAGCAGCAUUCACUUGGAUGUGUGUAGAAGGUUUUCAUCUGUAUGUGAUGAUUCUCUCCGUGUUUCGUGCUGACAGCGUUAGAAUGAAAUACUACUACAUGACUGGCUGGGGUAUUCCAGUUAUCAUUGUCGGAGUGGCUGCGUCAAUUCACCCUGAAGGAUACGGGACAAUCAAGUCAUGCUGGUUGUCUAUUGAUGAUCAAUUUAUUUGGGUUUUUCUGGCGCCAGUUGUUUUAGUGAUUGUGGUUAAUUUCUUGGUUCUUGUUGCGGUGAUAAAAGUCGUCGCCAAUUCCGCGUUACCAUCAAGAAAAACCACAGACUUUGGAAGUGUCAAGGCUGGAGUCAAAAGCGCUGCUGUACUAUUACCACUGCUUGGAGUAUCCUGGGUGUUUGGGCUUCUAACUUUAAACAAAAAAACUAUAGUUUUUCAGUACAUAUUUGCCUUUUCUUCCAGUUUUCAGGGCAUGUUCAUCUUCUUGGCUCAUUGUGUGGGAAGCAGCGAUGUUCGCUCUGCGCUUAAACGGAUGAGGCAAAGACAAAUGUGGGCUCGUGGGUCAGAGAAUGCUCCGUCACACAUUCCUUCCAAAGGAAACGUUCCUGUCUCACAAGGAAUUAUCUCAAAGGGAGGCGUUUUAGAGCAUAAGGAAAAGAUACGAGCGUCUGUAUUCAGCCAAACUAACAGCAAAGUGGUUAAAGUAAAGCUACCGAAAGAAAACUUUAAAGAGGCUCCUCUACAAAUAAACAGAACUUAUCAGAUGCCACGAAGAGAAAAUCCUGAAUCUAAAAAUUGUUCAAAAAUGACAUCUCUUAACUGCCCGCAGGAUGCAGUUUCACCCAGAGAAUCUACCAAACGAAGAUGCUCAUUCAAGUCAUCCUAAUCAGCAAAAUAUCAGAUUUGCCAAAGGGCACCUGAUAUUUGGCGCCAGCUGUCAAACAAAACUGGCUUGGAAACAUUCCAAUUAAAAAAGUAGUUAUCUGCAAGAUAGCACUAGUUCCUCAGACGACAAAUUUGCAAUUGGAGUACAAUCGUGGUUAUGGUUAUUGGCUAACUUUCUCAA